UACGUCAAUUAGGAUUGAGCCCACACCUUCUUUGCUGUUAGCCUCAGCCCCGUCAGCUCUAGCCUCCCUGUGAAGGCACACUGACACAGGGUCUGCUGCGUCCAGGAGUCCAGCAUGAAGCUCUCUGUCAUCGGUGUCGUCCUAGGAUGCCUCGGUUUAGCGAAGGCUGCGCCCAUGGAUCCAAGAAUCAGAUGGUGCUUAAAGUCAGAGCAGGAGGCUCAAAAAUGCAGACAGCUCGCCUCAAAAUCAGAUUUGCUGAGUUGUGUGAAGCGUGAAGGAUCUAUGGAAUGCAUCAAAGCCAUCAAGAAAGGUGAAGCAGAUGCCAUCACUCUGGAUGGAGGAGAGAUCUACACAGCCGGCCUCGCACCCCAUAACCUUCACCCCAUCAUCGCAGAACAUUACGGCACAGAUGAAGAGACGUGCUACUACGCUGUAGCUGUAGCAAAGAAAGGCACUAAUUUUGGCUUCAAUGAACUUCGUGGUAAGAAGACUUGUCACACUGGUUUGGGGCAAACUGCAGGCUGGAACAUCCCCAUCGGCACUCUCGUCUCAACUGGACAAAUUAAAUGGGCAGGCAUCGAGGACAAACCUGUGGAAGAGGCGGUGAAGGAAUUAUUCCCAGCCAGUUGUGUGCCUGGAGCAAUCAAUAGAUUGAGACUGUGCGAGCUGUGUAAAGGCGACUGCUCACGCUCUCACAAGGAGCCGUAUUAUGGUCACGAUGGAGCUUUCCAGUGCCUGAAGGGUGGAGCUGGAGAUGUCGCCUUUGUGAACCACUUCACAGUGCUUACUGGCGAUAAGGCCAACUAUGAGCUGCUGUGCAAAGACGGCUCCCGGAAAAGCGUUGAUGAGUUUAAAACCUGCAACCUGGCUCAAGUUCCUGCCGAUGCUGUGGUUAGUCGCAAAGACAAAGAACUGGCCAACCGCAUCUUUGACGUUCUUGACAAACUCAAGGACAAAGGUCUCUUCUCUUCUGAGGGCUUCUCUGCAAAAAACCUAAUGUUCAAAGACUCGACAAAAGGGCUGCUGAAGCUGCCGGAGAGCACAGACUCUUUCCUGUACCUAGGAGAAGAGUAUGUAGCUACUAGCCAUGCCCUUACAAAAGGGUUCAGCACAGGCAGCAAAUCUCAAGAGAUUACUUGGUGCACUGUGGGUCAUGCUGAGAAAAAUAAAUGUGACAUGUGGACCUUCAUGAGCGUGGACGAUCAGAGGAACAUCAGGAUCGAAUGCCAGUAUGGCACCACUGUCGAUGACUGCAUCAGCAAGAUCAUGCGUAAAGAAGCUGAUGCGAUGGCAGUCGAUGGCGGACAGGUGUAUUCUGCUGGGAAGUGUGGUCUGGUGGUGGCCAUGGUGGAAGAGUAUAACAAUGAAUCAAAGUGUGAUUUUGGAUCUGCAGAUACCUCGUCCUAUUACGCUGUGGCUGUAGUGCGAGCGGACUCCAGUGUGACCUGGGAAACACUGAUAGGCAAGAAGUCAUGUCACACCGGUUUGGGACGUACAGCAGGCUGGAACAUUCCCAUGGGUCUCCUUCAUGAGGACACCAAAGAGUGUGAUUUCUCAAAGUACUUCAGUGAAAGCUGUGCACCUGGUGCAGAUCCAGAAUCAAAUCUGUGUAAACUGUGUAAGGGUGCUGAAGGUAUCAGGAGGAUAGUGGACAAAUGCAAAGCCAGCACUGCAGAGCGCUAUUAUGGCUACGCUGGAGCCUUCAGGUGUUUGGCUGAAGGUGCUGGUGACGUGGCCUUUGUUAAGCACAGCACUGUAGCGGAAAACACGGACGGUAAUGGACCAGCGUGGGCUAAAGCUUUCAAAUCAUCAGACUUCAAGCUCAUCUGUCCUGGGGGCUCUGCUGAAAUUACUGAGUAUAAGAAGUGUCAUUUAGCCAAAGUUCCAGCUCACGCCGUCAUCACUCAUCCAGAGAAACGUGAUGACGUGGUGUCGUUCCUCAAGGAUCAGCAGGCAGCUCUCAUUCCAGCUCAUUCCAGCUCUUGGUUCAUGUUUAACAUGUUCAAGUCUGAGGGCAAUCAAAAUUUACUCUUUAAGGACUCUACUAAAUGCCUCCAAGAAGUUCCACCAGGACAAAACUACAGGGAAUUCCUGGGUAAAGAAUAUAUAACAACGAUAGACUCGCUGCGAGAGUGUGCCAGCAGCAAGACAGAACUGGAGAAGGCCUGUACCAUCCACUCCUGCCAAAAGAAAAUCUAGAUGCCCCAGUUUGUCUCAGACAUUCUGUCCUGCAUUUACUUUUGUGCGUGAAGCCAACUGUAGGCAACUUUCUCACCUGUUUACAAUUAAUCUGUCGUUGAUGUAAUUGGAAAAAAAUACAUCUUGUUUUUACUGGUUUUCUAUUUAUUUUCACAAAACCGUCUACAAAAGAGAGAUUGGAUUGGUAAUGCAAAUAUGUACAAACAUUACCAAACACAUAUCAAACACUAAGUAUGUGAUCUCUGCCGAAAAAUUGGGUCUGUGUAUCCAUAAUCCAUGCAUGACCAUUGCUUCUAAAAACAGAAAAAGAGAAAUCCAUCAUUCCGAUGGUGGGAAUUAAUUCAUAUAGGAUUUCUUCUUUCCAGUGGUGAGACACGUCCUAGUUAUCGCCAGGAGUAAAGUGACGAAACUUAGGUACAAAUUCAUCUAUAUUCUUGAAACUCUGUGACCACCUGAAUUAAAUAUUAUACUUUAAACAUUCACUACAUUUUAAUAUCAGUAUAUUUUACCUCUCACAGCUUCAAAAGCACUUUGCUUUGCAAAGCUGGUGAAGAAAAAAAAAAGAAAUGUGUGUACCUUGUUUUUGGUGGUUGGUUGGGGAAACUUUCUUACACUCCACUAUUAUUAUUCCUGUGGUUCCAGAAUACCACAGAUCCCACUAAUUUCUCCUAGCCUCAGGUGAUACAUCCUUUGGUUGGUUAAUAGUCCAGUACCUGCUUCCAGAGGUGGACCAGAUGUUUGGUCUGGAAGAUGGUGUCACUGAACUCAGUGUUCAUGGCUUGCUAGAAGGACGUAUGAGCCUUGUGGAGCACAAAAGUCCAUACCCAGUAUUACUGGACACCAUCUUGGGUCUGGUAUGAGGACAUCUUGCCAGUAGCCCUCACCACUCCAUCACCCUGGAUUUACACACACAGCAUCUCUUGGGUAUAACGACCCUACCACGAUGCCAAGAACUUGUCAGGGCCAUGAGAUCAUCACCAGGCUGGAAUCUGAGCCGGUUGUAUUCUCACUUCUGCUGCUGCUGCUGCCAGACCUUAUCCCACCCUCAGUGCUUCUGGCAAAAUAAUAGCUUGAAAGUUUGUGGAGGUGUAAGGCACUUCAUGGACUUUAAAUAGCACAUAUGAGAGGAGGACUUCUUGACCACCAUGCUUUGGUGUAGGUGUUUAAGUAUCUGAAACAGUUUACCAUUCUGUCCGUUUGCAGAUGGAGUUGCACUUUGAUAAAUUCGGUCAUUAGUUGGGACAUGAAGGCCAUGCAGCGUGGAAAAGAAGGUAGCGUUGCGGUCUCACAGCUCCAGGGUACCUGGUUCCGUCCUGAGCUCAGGUUACUGUGUAUGGGGGAUUUCGCUUGUUCUGACCAUGUCUGCAUGGGUUUUCUAUUGGUUCUCUGGUUUCCUCCCAAAAACAUGCCAAUAGGUGUUUUGGCUACACUAAAUUGCCCCUAGGUGUGAAUGAGUGGGGCUCUGUGAUGGACUGGUGUCCCAUCCAUUGUGUAUUCCCUGGAUCCACCACCACCCUGACCACAGACAUUCUACCAUCUCAGGGUCUUAUGUGGCGUAAUGAACCAACAUCAAGAUAUGUAUGUGUUAUCCCAGGUGUAAAUUGGCAGGUUUACCUUCGAGCUUGGUAGCAACCUACAGCUUGGUCCAAUUCAACUACAAUAAACUGUGUCCUGUAGUGGCAGAGAAGGUGAUCAUCAAUGUGUGCCUAGUUAGUGUGGAUGGUUUGUUCACUUUCAGGGCCUUCUCCAUGGUCCACCAAGAGAACCACCUGAGCCAUGGUGUAGUUGUAUGAGGUGCGGUGAGUCAAAGCCGAGUUCUGGUCUAGGAUUGAUACCAUGUCCCUGUCCCCUGGCCUCUUCGUGUUUAUUAAGAUGGAGAAGAUGUCCUGGGUGUUGCUGUGUGCACGGCCCACUGGGAAGGUUCUAAAAGAAGUAAGCAUGAUCAUGCUUCUUGGUUCCACCAGCAUCAGGACCCUGGUUACACAAGUUCCCGUCAUUGUAACUACCUUGGUGCUGAAAGCUAAAGCCAGGUUUUCUUCCCGACAUCGAGUGCCAGGUCUAUAUACAUCCUGCCAUGGAUACAUGAAGAGCUGCAAGGUGCCAGUCCUCCCACAGGGAUGGUACAACAUUUCCAACAGAAUUUUAAUUGUGGUGACCUCCUUCUGCUAGCAGUGGUGGCUUCUCCACGCUCCAUGGUUUCCAGACUCCCCACUCAGAAUGGGCCAGAUUUCCAAAGGCAUGGAAAGCGAUCCAUAGAUACCUUCUCUGCCACUUCAUCAGGACGAAGCUUGUUGGGUUGUAGCCAGCGUUAAGGUGACGUUAAGGUGACGUUAAGGUGACAUUAAGGUGCUGCCUCAGAUCUUGGUAUAGAAGGUUGUUGAGUGUGACACUAACUUUAUUUGUGCUGUUCUAACCACAAACCUGGUGAUCAGAAUCCUAAUAAUGCAUUAAUUUAUUAAUAAUCAGAGAUUUCACUCAGAGCUUCAGGCAGAAGAUGUUUGCUCGGUUGCAUUCAGCGUACAGUGUGAGCAAAUUUGAUAACAAUUAAACAAUUAAAAUUAGUCUCGUAGUUACACAAAGUUCUCUCUCUUGCUGCUUAUCAAUAUUCCAAUAUUUCCUCCUUUUCUUGUUUACGUGGUGAGGAGUGGCCAAUUUAUUACAACAUUAAUAAACAUCCAGGGUCUGUUUAUGAAUAUUAAUGAAUUUUAACCAGAUUGACAGAAAAGAUGCAAAACUGGAGAGGUAGAAAUACCUAGACAUCAACAGUAGAACAGAAUGCCUACCAUUAAACAUGUGUAGCACCUUUAGAACAAAAAAAAAACCCUGGAAUAUUAAUUUAAAAAAAAAAACAACAACAUGCAAAUCAUUCAGUUACUUCAUUUAUUAUUAUUAUUUUUUAUUUCUGUACCCUCUUUUUUUUUUUUUGCUAGUUUUGUUUUUCUUUUGUUUCUUACUUGCUGUUUGUUUUUGUCCUGUUCGAUGUGGUUGUUGUUUAUAUUAUUAAACAGUAUUUAAAUUUUAAAAAAUGACACACACACACACACACACACAUGAAGAUAAAGAAGACACCUAGAAGUGUGCAGUUUGUGUGUGUAUGUGUUUAUUUUUUUUUAAAUACGUGUGUCAGUGACAAACUGUUUAAACUCACUGACCACUUUAGCAUGUGUACACACCACACACGUUUGUCACUUAGAUGCUCAGCGCGAAGUCUUGCCACCCUUCUAACAUUCACACACUCAUCAGUGGAUCACGGAUCAUCGCAGGAGCUCCACGCAGCAGAUAUACAGCCACUGGGACGGUGGUUUAUUCUCGGUACAGCAGUGACGUAGUUUGGCUGGAACGUUGCUCGUGAUGGCAGAGGUUACGCCUGGCAUGUUUGUUUGAGCUGCUGAUGUGUGGCAUUUGUUAUAAAGCUAUUUUUACUUUGUAAUUACAGUCUUCUUAUUACGCAUUUAGCUGUUGUGUGAAAUAAAAUACAACUGAAACUUGAAA